UACGGACAAAACACGAACAUUUUUCCGGAUAAAAUCUGACGCGGAAACGCCGCGUGUUUGUUGGGAAUUCGAUCAUGGUUCCAGCGAGGUUGCUCUUGGCGUCGGCGUUGACGGUGGUGGCGGCGUCUGUGCCGUCCAUCUCGAUCGCGGGUGUUUCUUACGUCGUUCGACUGCACUCCAGCGUUCCUGACCCGUUGAAACAUGAUGAUUCGGACGGUGAGAAUCCAUUGAAUUUGCUCGGAGAUCCCGUGCCUAUGACCUCCAGCAACGGAAAGCGGUACCUCUGCUACGUCCCUGUGCAAGCAGAUCUCCAGGAUGAGAAUGAACCCAAUGCCAAGCUCAGUUUGCUGGACAUCGCACGCGAUGCCAUCACCAGACUCAAGCCGCAGUGCUUGCCCACUGUCGAAACCAGUCUGCGUGGUGCGUACGAGAUCUGCCAUGGAAAGAGCAUUGCUGUGUCGGAGGUCGAUGGCGUUGUGGCCAAGCACGACACCAAGCGCAAGCUUGGCUCGUUCCAGUCCGAUUCCUUCCAACCAGGGUUCUCCAACUACGACUUUCGCAAUGCCGAGCGGUACCCCGACGACGCACAGGUGGUAGCCCGUCUGGCGCGAGGGGAUGACGUGUACACGCAACUGUACGGCCACACCCCGGACGACGUGGCCGUCGUCGUGCAGUACGCUUGCUCGACUUCCCCAGUGACAGCGCUUCUGGGGCGCCGUCCGCCGAAUCCGUCGGCUGCGACAGAGCUAGACCGCGCGGUGGCAUUUGUCUUUGGAUCGCGCUGGUUCUGCUUUGACAACGACGCAGAGUCGAUCAACGACAUCCACGUGACACCGUUCGCGCGGCCUUCGUUUGAAUCGUCGCCAUGCGUUCGACGUACUGAAGGAUGGUGGACGUACGAGUACUGCCUCGGUCACCACGUGAGUCAGUUUCAUCGCGAGCAAAAUGGGGAAACCACGUCCGAGUUUUCAUUGGGAGUGCACGCCAUGGACACGAAUGCGGAGCUGGGGAAGUCGCGCAAGGAUACUAUCGCAACGGAAUUCCUCGACGAUACGUACGACAAGCCGCAGCCAGCGUUCGAGCAAGUGUACGAGGGAGGAACUCCCUGUGACGAGGUGGACCGAGCGCGGUCGACGCGGGUGCUGCUGUUUUGCCCGACCUUGAAGAAGCAAGCGCCGUACAUCAUCAGCAUCCAAGAGAGCGCCACGUGCGCGUAUGUCCUCAAAGUGGCCGUGCCAUCGGUGGGACUAUUCAUACCAUAUGCCAAUGCUUGCAUUCAUCACAAUGGCUAUUGUAGUUGUGUGACCAUCCGUACUUUGCCAAGGACGAACGACUUCGCCUGGAUUCGCAGUCCCAAACGAUUCAUUGCGUUCCCGCCACGGAAGCUGCCGCGACCACCGCCGACGCACAAGUCGAAGUGUCCACUUCACUUCCCAUCAAGGCCUCGACGUCAAACGACGAGUUGUAACCAGAGGACCAAAGCUGACGUCUCGUGAUUAAGUCAGAACUCUCGAUCUUCGUACCAUCGGUAGUAUACGGUGUGCGUCUGUGCAGUAUGGGGGCGUCUGAAGUGGUGCUAUGUGGUGGACAUGCAGUAACUAGCUUCCACGUGCUUGCAUGUCAUACAGCCGCGAUUGAUCCUCCAUUCACAGUCAAC